AUCUUGUAUCUGACCCAGCUGUGCACAAGCUUCUGGUCCUGAGUGGGCAGAGCUCUGACCAAGGUGACCUGGUUCUCCAAACUGGAUUCUUUAGUCAUAAACACUUCUCACAUGUGUUUGAUGAUCCUGCAGUCAGAAAUCUGCAGGUUAAAGCCAGCCCUGGACAGCGGCCAUUACUAACUGUGUCUUGCCGUGGUGAGGCAGGCUGGAGCUCUUUAGAGCAACAGCAACGUAUUAGGGAGCUGCUGAAUUACAGGCUGAAUCCUGAACCCAUACUCCCUAAAAUGGAGGGGGUCACUGAGUUCACAGAAUACAUAUCUGAGACAGUCGAUGUACCGUCCCCAUUUGACCUUCUCGAGCCUCCGACCUCAGGAGGAUUCUUAAAGCUCUCUAAGCCUUGCUGCUACAUCUUUCCUGGUGGAAGGGGGGAUUCUGCCCUUUUCGCUGUCAAUGGUUUUAACAUUCUGAUUGACGGUGGCUCUGACAGGAGGUCAUGCUUUUGGAAACUUGUCAGACAUUUAGAUCGUAUUGAUUCUAUCCUUCUCACCCAUAUUGGUGCUGAUAAUCUUCCUGGGAUCAAUGGACUCCUUCAGAGGAAGGUCGUGGAGCAGGAAGAGGAGCAGUCUCAAGGCUCAACCACAUACAGUGACUGGAUGAAGAACUUGAUCUCACCAGAGCUUGGAGUCGUAUUCUUUAAUGUACCUGAGAAGCUGCGAACCUCAGAGUCGAAUUUGAAAGUCAAGCGAAGUAUUGAGGAAGCCUCUCUUACGUUGCAAUUCCUCAACAAGCUGGGAAUUAAACCUGAGCCUCUUUUUAGAGUGGUUACUAACACCAUAGAGCCAAUCACUCUUUUUCACAAGAUGGGUGUGGGGAGGUUAGACAUGUUUGUUCUGAACCCUGUGAAGGACAGUAAGGAAAUGCUGUUCCUUAUGCAGAAGUGGGCAGGUAACAGCAAGGCCAAAACAGGGAUAGUGCUUCACAAUGGAAAAGAAGGAGAAAUAUCUGUACCUUAUUUGACAUCUAUCACUGCUCUUGUGGUAUGGCUCCCUGCCAUCCCCACAGAGAAAAUCGUCAGGGUUUUGUUUCCUGGCAAUGCACCACAGAACAAAAUCCUUGAAGGACUUGAAAAGUUGAAGCAUCUUGACUUCUUGAGGUAUCCAGUAGCCACACAAAAAGACCUAUCUUCUGGGGUCACACCAUUAGCUGUGAAGCAAUCAAAGUUAAAGCAAAGAACUGACAGCAAAGAGAGUCUUAAAUCAUCUCCUAAGACUCACACACCAGCUAAACCUAAGAAAGAAAAUGAUGAACAAGAGGAUGUAUCCAUCACUGAAACUAAGAGUGACUCCGUCAAGGAGAACAAGAUUGAGAAAAAGGAAGAAAAGAAAAACACCAAACCACUAAAACUGAAAGCAGAGGUGACAGAAAAGAAAAAGUUAUUGAAGGAGAAAUCACUGAAAAAACUCCCAAAGGAAAGGGUUUCCAAAAUGGAUGAAAAGAAAGAUAAAGAAAAGAGGGAAAUUAAGAAAGAAAAGCUUGAGAUUAAAAAAGACGAUGGUGUGAAAAAAGUUGAAAAAAAGGUUAAAGCAAAGGAAACUUCAAAACCUGAACUGAGAAAAAUAACUAAACCUGACCUGAAACCUUUCACACCUGAGGUCAGGAAGACACUCCACAAAGCCAAAACCCAAGGGAAACCAAAAACAGCGAAGAGCAAACCUACUACUGCCAAGGUGGAGAGUGCAGAGAUUGCGGCUGAAUCAGCUGCUGAGAAGACCGAGACACAGAAGAAUGGGACAGGAGAAGCCAUAACUGCUACUUCUACUCCCGAAGAUCUAACAAAUAAAUUUGAUGAUUUGAGACCCACUGAAUUGACAGAUCUCUCUGAAGCUCCUAAAAGUGCCCUUACCAUCUCACAAUUACCAGCUGAAAUAGACAAUGAAACAUCAGAAUUAGAGAAAUUUGAGGAUGAGGGUGCUGCUAUUGAAGAUGAAGAUGAGGAGGAAGUUGAGAUACAGAGUGUUAACAAGAGGACAGAGGAUGAGGAGGAAGACAUGGGAAUAGGAGAUGAAGAGGAUGAAGGUGCUGCAAAAGACACCAAUGACUUGGAAGGAGUAGACAGAAAGCAUGAAGUUGAGGAAAUGGAGAAACAGAAAGAGAAGGAGGAAAAAAAGUAUGAAGCUGAAGAUGAGCAGUUUGAAGAAGAAGAAGUGAUUAAGAAAGCUGAGCUUGAGGAAGCAGAGGAUUUGGAUGCCAUUGCAGAUGAAGAAAUCAAAGAUUUCUCUGCUGAGAAAGUCAAGGAUGUCGAGGCCAAAGAAGAAGAGGAUGUGUACUUGUCAAAUGUUGGAGGUGUCACAGCUGGCAUUACCUCUACAGCCCAAGGAGCUGCUGCAGCAGAGAACCUAUCAUGCAUCCAGGAUGAAACAAUCCCAGGUUACUCAGAGACUGAGCAGACUAUCUCAGAUGAGGAGAUCCAUGAAGAAGUGGAGGACAAGAUAACACACCUUCAAUAUGAGGUUGAUAGCUAUAAUAUCUCAGUUCCAGACCAACCAGGCUCCUUUGAUACCAUCCAUGGAAUGAGAGAAAUGCAAGCAGCUGCGGUGGGAAAUGGAACAGGCAAAGCAUUGAUAGAUGCACAGGAGCCAGCUGUUUCUAUCUACACCAGCAUACUUGCUGCUCCAUUAGCUGAAGAGGAACAUGUUUCUUCAGCAACAUCUAUAACGGAGUAUGACAAGCUGUCCUCUUUACCCACUUCUGUUGCAGAGGAUCAGUCAGUGGCAUCAGUCACAGCACCUCAGACUGAGGAUACUGGAAAGAGCUCCCUGGUUCUGGAAACUGUAAACAGUGUACGACCUGUUACCCAGACUGAAGGCACCCAAGGAAAGGAAUACCAACAUUCAGCUGGAACCAUCUCACCAACAUCCUCCCUAGAAGAGGACAAGUGCUUCAAAUCUUCUCCUUCUGAAGAAUGUCCUCCACUUCCUGUAGAAGGCAGAACAGAGGGAAUUGAGAUGACUACCCAUUAUGAUGACGAAGAGGAGGAUGAGUAUGAAGAUCAAACACCAAAUAUUGACAUUUCACUUGGAAAGUUACAAGAGGGAUAUGCUUCACAUGAAAAACUUGAAAAAGAGAUGGAAAUGGCCAAACCAAAAAGUCCGGUGCCUUUAGUUCCACCUGACAAAAAAUCCUUGCCUCCUGAAAUAGAGAAGGGAUCGGUAUCACCUCCUGGGGAGGGUUCAUCUUUUGAUGUACAAACAAUACUCACUUCCUCAUCACACACUGUUUCUAAGCCUCCAGAUUCUGAAUCUGAUGUUUUUCCAGAAGCGAAAGACAGGUGCAUUAGCCCUGAUGACAGCACUGUAAAAAUGGCUUCUCCCACACAUUCUGGACCACAUAGCGCCUCUCACUCUCCCCUCAGAAUGUCACCUGUGGAAGGAAAGGAUAAAGUGCUUCUUAAAGAGGUUAACCAUAAACCAGACAAAAGUAUAUUUGAUGAAGACAGUGAAAAACAAAAACGUGACAUCUUAGAUAAGAAGGAAAUAUCUCAAGCAGAGGAGGAAGAAAAGAAGAGAACCCAAGUAGCAAACUUACCCACAACUGGACAUGUUGAGGCCUUCUCAGCUGAAAAAGGAAGUCUAUCAAUUUUGCCAUCAAAAGAAAUAAGUGGCACAGAGGGAAGGCCUCAUCCAAGUGUUGAAAACAAGGGUAAAGAUGAAAAGGAAGUAAAAGAGAGCAGUAAGGCCAUUAUCCUAGAGGAUAAAGACGGCAUGUUCUCUGAUAAAAAUAAGAUUGAUGAAACCCAUGAUGUAAAAUCCUUCACAGAAAACCAAGAGAAAAGAGACAAGGAGAAAGAGAAGUUAGAGGAUGAUAAAGAGGAUGUUGAUGAAAAUCAUAAGGAGAAAGAACAAUUACAGAUUUCUUUGCCACAUACUGAUGAAACAGCUGCUACACUUUUAGAACUUAAAGAAAAGCAUACAGAGGUUACAAAGUCAGAACAUUCUAUAUCAGAACCAGAAAAAGCAGCAUUGCCUGCUAAAGAGGAUUUUGACACGAAAAAUAAAAAAGAGGAAGAGUCCCAAGAUAAGAUUUCUCUGUCAGUUCUGGAAAGGUCAGAGAUAGAGAAACAGGAGAAACAGGUAAAGGAAAUUCAGUCAAACAAUGAUGAAAAAUUGGAGGAAUCAAAAGACAAAGAUCUGACUGUUUCGUCUCAUCAAUCCUUAAACACAAGCUCAGAGACCAAAACAGAAACAUCAACAUGCCAUGAACCGAUUGAAGAACAUAAGGGGACACAACAAGACAUAGUCAAGACAAAUAUGGCAACUAAACUGGAGCAGAAAUCAGAGUCAGUUGAAAUUCAGCCUGAACAGGUAACUUCAGAGAAAACGUAUUCAUCUGUCUGUGGAAUAGUCCAGUUUAAGGAAGAUGCAGAUGGCCUCAAAUCUCAAUUGCGACAGUUAAGUGAAAAAAAAGAUGUCACCUUAAAAGAUGAAGAAAAAACAGAAAGUAUAAUUGAGACUUCACUGACAUCUGAGAAAAUGAUAUCAGCUGCCAAAGAACAUGGAGAAUCUAGGGAUAACAAAAUAGAGGAAAUAAUAUCUCAAACACAACAGCAAUCAUUAGAUAUACAUGUAGAGGACAGACAGUCCAUUACAGAGAUAAAGGAUUUAGCUGCUAAAGAUGAUCAUGAAUCUAAAGAGAAGAUAGUUCAAGUAACCCCAAGUAAGACAGAAAUUACUAGUAAACAAGAUGAUGAAUUGAGCAAGAAGCUUGUGGAAGAAACCAAACCACAUUUAGAAAAAGCAUAUAGUGAAUAUAAAUAUAUUGAAUCAGACAAGCCUCAAAUUUCAGAGUCUAUAGUUUCUGAGGACACAUGUACAGUGCAGCACCCUAGCCAAGACAUAGAUACAGCUGAAGACGAAAACAAAUUAAAAACACAAAUAUCGAUAUCAGAUAAAACAGAUUUCUCACCAAAAUUAGACCAUGGAUCUAAAGAUGAACAAGCAGACUUGAGCCAAGGACAAAUGUUGUUGUGUUCAUCUGCUAAAGUGGAUAAAGACUUGCAAGACAAAGUGGUACAGGAGAAAAAAGUAGCAACAGAUAGCAUCAAACCAUCCAGCAAACCUGAUGAAGAAUCCACAGAACAUCAGAUUUAUGAAAAAACAGAAUUGGUCUCUAAAUCUGAUUAUGAAUCAAAAGUGGAGAGCCAACCCCUUGAAAUAACAUCACAAAAAGAAGAUUUACAAACAAAAGAGGAUGAAAAAAGCAAAGACAUCCAUAUCAAAUCUGAACAACCAGUUAUGCUGAAAGAUAUAUCCUCAAUUGCACAUGAAUCAAAAGAUAAGUGUGUGGAGUACAGUCAACUUCAAAUCUCUCAAUCAAUAUCUAAGAAAACAGACUCUGCUGCUAAGCAGGAUCAACAGUUUAAACAAAAACACACUCAAGAGAUUCUAACUAAAACACCUAAACCAAGUACCUCAACAGAUGUGGCUUCUGACACAAAGCAAGAACUUAAGGCGAUGGCCGUGGAAGAAGUGAAGACAGAACAAAUUACAAACGAAUCAGAUGACACAGUGGAAAAGUCUGAAAAUUCUAAAUCAGAACAUGAUUCAGUUGACGAAGUAAUAAAAAGAGAUUUGGCAUUAACAGAACAAAUUCUUCCCAUUGAACAAGAUAAAGAAGUUGAUUUAAAUGUUAGCACGGAGUGUAAGGAAGAAUUCAUUAAAGAAAAUACAUCAAAAUUGGUGUCAGAUGGAGUUGAGGCCCAUGCAGACCAGGGAGCUAAAAGGAAAUCACUGUUAGAAUCUUCAGAGCAAACAUUAGGCUUUGAGACCUCAGAUCUGAGCUAUAAAGAAAAAGUGGAUCUGAAAGAAGAACCCCAAGAAGAUACCAAGCAACACACAUCAUUAGAUGAAACAGACACAUUAGCAUCAACAGUAGAGAAAACAGACAUUGGAUUAAAAGUAAAUUUGGAUUAUAAAGAAAAAUUCAUUGAGGAGAUUGCAAAAGAAGCCUUCUUGACUGUGGAAAAAACUAAGGGCAGCAUAGAAGCAAAAUAUGAUGCUUCUUUUCCAACCAAAUUUUCAGAUGAAGAUGAAAGCACAGAGGAAGAUGAAGGAGAUGCUGUUUGUAUGGGAGGUGCAGGCUCAAGACCAUUAUCAGUAGAACCUUGGAAGUCAGAGGAUGCAAAGGCAAGCAGCUCUGGACAACCUUUAACUUCUGAUAUAUGUAUGCAAAAAGAGGAGAUUGUGGCCCAUUCAGAAGAGAAAGAGUUGACUAGAGAUUUAAGUGAAAUGCCAGCUGAGCCAGAGAAAGAGUGUACGGUGGAUACCACAUCACUAACACUGGCUACUGUUGAUACAAGUAGUAAAUCUGUCACAGAGAUUUCAAGUCAACUCACUCUAACUGAAGGCAAAGCAGCAAGCAUCACACUGUCCAGCUAUGACAGUCAGGCAUGUGUUGAGGAUACCCAAAUUAAAACAUUGCCUUCUUCAAAGGAGGCUGCAAAACCUGAGAAAGAGGCAGAGAGAGAAAGGGAAGGAGAACGAGAGGUUGCCUCUCCAGGUUUGGAAUCGCAUUCAGAUUUUCAGAAGCCUCAGAGUGUUGAGAAAUGUGCUGAUAAGGCUAACAGUGAGAGAAUGAAAUCUGAAAAGGAUGACCAGAUAACUAAUGAAGUGGAAAAUGAGAGCUAUGAAGCUUCUAAAUAUGAGCCAUAUGAAAAGCCCAUUUCAAAAGACACAGAGAAAGAAAGAGAGGAAGAGGACCAGUAUCCUAAUCUGGAUAUAGAUUUAGAUGACAAUAGAAAAGCAAGUCAGUCCCCUUUGCUUGGAGCUGCCUGCCCAUUAGAGGAACAUAGUGAUAAUGAGCCAGUGUCAUUCAGCAAGACUGAUUAUCAAACUUCAUUUGAUAAGACUAAGACAAGUAUUAACAGCAGACACAGUGCCUAUUCAGAGCAAGAUAAUAAGGAGCGAUACCAAGAGGAAGAAUUAAGUAGACAAGAGAGACAAGAUACUCUUUAUGCGGACAGUAGUUUUACAUAUGUAGAAACUUACGACAGUAGGACCACUCUUGCAGCUGGGUCGAGCUCAUUUGCCUCUAGCAAUUUGCCAGACAAAUCAGAGAAAUUAGAGAGGGAAGAGAAAGAAAAAGAGAAAGAGACUAUCAGAGGGGACAUACUUUCUCCUUGUCAUGGAGAAGAGGACACAAGUAAUGCUAAAUUGUCAGAUAAAGAACCUUGUACAUCUGUUUCCAAUCUUUCACAACCUAAUAAGACAGAGAAAGGGCCUACAAUAGAUGACACCUGGGCAACACCUCACUCAGACUUGGACAAGACUAAAUCUUCUCUUAAUGUUGAGGCCCAUGUGACUGAGGCUCCUUCUCAGCAAGGGCUUUUCACACCAUCACAGACUCAGUCAAGUAUUCAAAGUCAAACGACACUAUCAACAUCUGCCUAUGGUGAGAACAGAACAGAGAGUCAAAUACCAAAAAGUGAAGAUAACAAAGAUAAAUGUAAAUUAGAUUCAGCUGAAAGCAAAGAGGACCCAUUCAGUUCUGGUCGUUACUCACCGCCUGAGAAGGACAUACUUCCUGCCAGGUCAUCACCUGAGGAAAUAGGUCCUAAUGUCACCUCUCCUGGUUUUUCUGGGCAAUCGAUGAAAGUCGACGGCAAUGUUCUUGCACUUGAGUGCACUAGCAGAAUAGAUUCUUUUACCAACAAGUCAUUGAUUGUGAGUGGGGAGACAGAAGAAUGCAUGGUCAGAAGCCAGAAAAUAUUUGCAGAAGAAGAGGAUGAUUAUGAGGAUGAGGAAGAAGAAGAAGAGGAAGAUGCAAGUGAUGUGGAUAUUGAAAAGGGUGCUAGAGAGAUGUCUGAGAAAGAGUCCAAAGCAGUAUUUGAUAUUACUAUUACAUCUAAACCACCUGUUAUGAAGCAAGAAGAGACAAAGGUCUGUGAAUUGGAUUCGACCCUAACAAAAGAAGAGAACACUGGUUCAUUAGCUGCUGGAGCAACUGCAAAGGCUGAGGGACCCACAACAGAGUCUUCAUCAGUAUGUGGAGAUCAGCAUGAUGUGUACAGCAAGGAUGGUGAACAGUCAAAGAAACAAGAUACCAGUUCAGCCCAACCUGACCUAACAAAGCCCAGUGAUGACAAAUAUGAUGCACAGGGAACUUCAGAUAAAAAGCUUGAAGGGGCCGAAUCCCUAGCCAGUGCUCAGGUAACCAUGUGUGAUGCAACUUACUCUUCGUCCUCAUCCUUCAGUUACUCUUCUUCAACGUCUGCAUCAUAUUCAACUGGUCAACACAUUGGAGAAGAGCUAGAGCACCCAAUAACUAUUCCCACUGCCCAACUAGGGUCAGAUGGAGAUAGUAUAUCAUAUGGGUACUCGUCACUGAAAGAGGAAGAAUCCCCAGUUAUGGAUUUACCAUAUUUAAUUUCUGGGGUACAUUCCAAAGAUGAAUACAUGGAAGUCUCGGAUAGAAUGACACCUGCUACAACAACAGCUGAAUCAAUAUCCAGUCUUGCCAGGUUUUCUCCACUUAGUCCCUUGGAGGAAUCCAAAUCCUUUCUUCAAGAUCAAACAUCAUCAGCAGAGGAAAAGUCUGAGGAGGACAUGUCAAGCAUUAAAUCUGACAGGGACCACCUCUCUGAUCCUAAACACGUACCUGUAACAGAAUCACAUUGCUUGAAAGUGUCAGAAUCAGCAGCUUCUGAUCUUGCUCACCCUGCAGAGGUAGCAUCUGCUACAUCUCUUACAUUUAGUAUUGAGCCUUUGCAGAAAGCUGCCUCUUCAGACGAACAAUCACAGGAAAAAUCCUCUGAUGAUGGGCCUGAGGAUAACAAAAGUAAUUUUGAGGAAGGGACUUUACCAUGCAGAAUUGAGUGUGAUAGAUCUUCUGCUCCUGAUCAAAAAUCAAGCACAGCAUCAUUAAUAGGGCAACAUACUGAUGUAAAAACCUCAACAUUGCAUUCAUUUGAUCUGCAAACCACAGAUGGACCAACAGAAAUGACAAGUUCUCAAAAGGCUCCAGACACAGCAUGUGGAACACUCAGUACUUGCACCACUAGUGUAGAAGGUAUAAAGCAAGAGGGGGCAGAGAAGUCAGAGGAAAUAAAAGACAAAGCUGAGAAAGCCCAGGAGACAGUGGAAGUGAAAGAAGAAAAAGCAAGCAAAAUAGAUUAUGAAGGAAAAAAGUUUCCAAAGGAGAUUAUAGAUGAGAAAAAAGACAGAGAAGAAGUAAAUCAGGAAACAAAGGAACAAGAACAAAUGAAACCUGAAGAGAAGGUUGAUGUGAGAUCAGAUAAGGUGGGAGAGAUGCUAGAUGAUGCCAAGAAAGAAAAGUCAGAGCAAAAGAUGGAUAGUGAAGAAAAGACUAAAUUGUGCUUGGAAGAACCAAAAGAAAAGAAAGAGGAAGAACUGAUGGAACAGAUGGGAGAAAAGGGAGAAUUGAAAGACAGCAUGGAAGAGAAGGAACACAUAAAAGAAAAGAUUGAAAAAGAUAUCAAGAAAUCAGACACAACUGAGUCUAGCCAGCAAAGUACCUUUGCAUCUGCAAUGCAGCAGGCUCCACCUAGCUAUGGGGACGAUGUUUAUGAAAUCGUGGAUGAGGAAAAGGAGGAUGAAGAUGUUGAAGUGAUGAAGUAUGAUUCAAAAGAACGUCAACAAACUCCACCCUUAUCUCAGCCAUCAGGGACGCAGGCCUCUUACACUGAGGUCUCCAGGAAGUCAGAUGAGACAUUAACCCGACCAUCUGACCUUGGCAUGGAGGCCACAUCCUCUCAUUCUCCUUCACUCUUCAAACAUCGCAAAGGAGAUAUCUCUCCAUCGUUCAUAAAUCCAAGCCCACAUGAAUUAUCCAGUGAGGAGGGAGAGGAAGAUGUCAGAAGCGAUCAUUCUAGGGAGGAUAAUGGCGAUGAGCAUGAACAGCACUCCGUCAAGAGGAGAUCUCACAAACAGCAGCAUCGUCAUUCCCACAGUCACCAUGAGGAUGGCAAGGAGGGAUCGCACAGCCUCCCGAGCUGUACCGAAUCGGGACAUGGUAUUCUGCUUGCAGGGGAAGAAACUCCCCCCACAUCUUUGAGCGAGUCACUUCCAUCUCAGUCUGACUCAGACGUUCCUCCAGGGACUGAGGAAUGCCCAUCAAUUACAGCAGAAGGAAACCUGGACUCGGAUGAAGAUGCAGAGCAUCUACCAGUGGACAAAAUUUCUGCUUCUUGUGGCAGUGGAGGGAGCCAUCACUCAUCCUCCCCAAGGAGUCAAGAUCCCCCACCCAUGCCAAUAAAAGACCCUCUUCCUCACACACCACACCCUGAUGUGUGCAUGGUUGACCCAGAGGCUCUUCUUAAUGGUCAGACCCACACAGAACGACCAGUGAAGAAAGACCAUAAGACAAAUAGAGGCUUGAGGAAGACACUAGGAAAGUCAGCAUCACCAGCACGUAAAGGAGAUGUGAGAAGCAGGCGAUCGACCACUCCUGUUAAGCAGACAGCCAAAGACUACUCAUCUCAUGCCCCUUCUCUUAAAAGGAAAGAUUCAGAGAAGACAUUUCGUCUGUCCAAAAUGUCUGAGACGCAGGGAUCCAGGGGAGACCUCUUCAACCCAGGAAAAGGACUGGUCAAUGGUGUCAAGAGUAAUACAGGCUCCAACCAAAAGUCCAGUGCUGGGACUCCACCUGGACCACCCAUCUAUGUUGACCUAGCUUAUAUUCCCAACCACUGCAGUGCUAAAAAUGUUGAUCAAGAGUUUUUUAAGCGGGUGCGUGCAGCAUACUAUGUCAUCAGCGGAAAUGACCCAGGCAGUGGUGAACCUAGCCGUGCAGUUCUAGAUGCACUGCUAGAAGGCAAAGCACAGUGGGGCACUAACCUCCAGGUUACUUUGAUCCCUACACAUGACACAGAGGUAACUCGGGACUGGUAUCAACAGACCCACGAGAAACAACAGGAUCUGAAUAUAAUGGUCUUGGCCAGCAGCAGCACAGUAGUCAUGCAAGAUGAGUCUUUCCCAGCCUGCAAAAUAGAAUUCUGAAUUGGUUUUCUGUUUAGAGCUUGCCAUUUGUUUCUCAUUCAUUUCUAAUCUUUUAGGUUUAGAUGAGUUACUUCACCCACAGCCUUCCAUUAGCUGCUAUUUAUAGUUUGUAUUCUAAUCUUCAAAGGCAACAAAAUCCUAGUGCUGUCAAAGGACUUUAUUGUAAGCUUUGGUCCUGAUCCAAACUAUUGUGCUGUUUUGGUUGCAUCUGCAAGGCUUUGGCAGAAAACUGAAUGUUCACUAGCUAGCUGCAAUGAAGAAAAAAAAAUAUAUAUAAUUUUCAACAUAGGCUGAAGUUGAUCUGUGGAGCUGCAUUGCUAAUUGAGCUUGUUCAUAUUCUUUAACAAUAUCUUAAAGAGAUACCAACAUUUUGUCCUUCAAUGCCCAUCAUUUGAAUUCCAAGCACAAAAAUGCCCUUGGUAAAUCUGAUUGUCUGUGAGAACAUUCUCUCAAUGUACGGUUAAGAGAAAACCACUUCUGAGAAUACAGACUUUAAAAAAUGUAAAUGGAACUUUCCUUCUGAUACACUAAUUUGCUAAUCCUAAGAGGAUUUGUGCCAAAUCUCAAUUAUUUCAAAUGGUAAUGAACAAAAUCUGCAACCAUAAUCAAAGAUUUGUAUCAUUAAAGUGACGAGAUUAAGCAGUAUCUAUUCUUAAAAGCAAUCUAAUAAUUUAAACUCGAUGUUUUAGCAGUCAUGUAUUUGCAUAUACAGUAUAUAUUUAAGUACUGUGUGUGGCUAAGUAGAUGGCAUCUUUACAAACUACUAACUUGCUAUGACAUGGAUUUUGGCUUGACUUGGCUCUAAAAUAAUCAAAUGACUCAUGCAAAAAAAUAGAGAGAGUUUUAUAAUGAGUGUUUUUCAGUAGUUGGUACUGUAAUCAAUUUACUAAAGCAUGAUGUUCAGACUAAACUUUGUAGGUACAUUAAUCAAGUGCUCUGCUGUGGGGAUUUUAAGACUGUAUGUGUCCACCUCUCUCUAAACAUACUAAUAACAAUAACAGCUUGUCUACCAUCUGCACAUUAAUUGAGUAGACUGCUGUUAGAGUCAGAUGGAAAUUGCAAUUCAUUGCCAAUUACACAAUGUUCUGUUUCUUAAGAAUUUUGUUGUUGUAAUGGUUGUAGAAUUUAAAUUUGGCCAUACACUUUUAGACCAACAAUGCUAACAAAUCUUAAAUAAUCUGCCUGUUUUAAGUGUUUCGCGGGGGAUUUAGUUUUGAUGUGUGCUGAAUGAUUUAUUAUAAUUUUUUUAAAAUAUUUUUUAUGUAUUGUUAAUAUACAUAUUUGACCAGAUUUGUUUCCAAACUGAGAUUCCCCAGACACACAAGCACUUUAGGUAUAUCUUGUUUGAAAAGAAAUGUGUUUUUGGUGAUGGAAAUUGCGCUGAUUACCAAUGUAGCAGUUGAGGUGUUUUUGUUGUGGAGGCACUAAUCAAUGUAACAGAACAGACAAAAUAGGUUUCAGUGGUUGCUGCGAGAGCAAACAGUGAGGGUUACCCUCAUGUGCCUUUUGCGUGAACCGUUAGAGACAGUGAAUGUUGACUGACAGGGUAAAACAAGAAUACAUUUGAAACAAUAUUACAAAUUAAAUAUACAGUAUAUACUGUACAUAUACAUACAACUCACAACAAUACAGUUUAGAAUAGUGAAAUAAUUUAUUUUGGAUUAUUAGGAUUUAGUAAUCCAUUAUAGCCUUAUUUCUUUAGGUUUAUGAUAAUACAGUUUCAAUUGACUGAUAUAUAUAUAUAUAUAUAUAUAUAUGAAACUUGGUGCAAUUCAACCUGCUGUUUAUAUACAGCAGGUUGUAUUGCACCAAGUGUCAUUGCACUUUUCUAAAACGAAGAAGCAAGUUAGGUGGGUAGCAUGUAAAUAAUUAAUUAAUGUGUUAAUUUAUUUGAAAAAGCAAAUAUAAACAUUUAAUCAAACCGAGAGGCUGAAAUAUAAUAUUUGUGAAUGACAGAUGAAAUACUUUAAUCUAUAGUAAAUUGUAUGAAGGUCAGUAUUUGAGUACAAAUACUCUCAAAGUACUACAAUAGUUAUUUACUUUUUGUUGCUAACUGCUUACCUAACCCUAAUAGCAAGAUUAUUUCCACCCAACCAGAAGUUAGAAUUUUUUUGGUUAAUAAUAUUUGGUUCUACCAUUUUCAAAAGGCUACAUAUUAACAUAUUAAGUAUACUGAAAUCGACUGGAUUAAGAGCAAGAGAGUGGCUCUACAUCUUUUUUUCAUUGUGAGAACUAUCUUAACCAGUAGUGCUGUGUUGUCUUGACCUCUUCUACUUAAAGCAAAACAAUAAGGACCCACUGGUAAAUACACAGUACUUUCUUUCUUCAGAGUAACCCUUGAUAUCAAGGUACCGGAGCUAUCAUGCCUCCUUUUCAAAAACAAGCUCAAAGGGAUUAAGGGAUUGUUCACCCAAAAUGAAAACCUGUCAUCAUUUACUCACUCUUAUGUUGUUCGAAAUGAGUUUCUUUUGACCUGAUGAAUUGUAUGUCCUUUGGUGUGGAUAUAUUUUCAUAUGUGAAAACAUGAGUAUUUUAUUUUAAAUACCUGGUCUUAGUAACAAUUAAUAUAUGGCCUUGUUGAUUAGCUGUGAUUUCCUAACACAAAAAAAUAUGUUUGUGUUUAAGAUGAAUGCACUUUGAAUAAUAUUUUCGAAAUGUAAAAGUUGCUUUGCUAGUUGCUGCUUGAACAAAACAAAGAACUAGCAAAAUAUGCACAUGGUACAGUCAACCUCGUAUAAUGGGUCACAGAAAGAGUGACUCGUGUCAAAAAAAAUUUACCAUACACUUAUCAGUGGUUGCUGACUAGUAAUGAUACAUAAUUCAACAAUAAGAUUCCAAAAACUUUGGUUUGCAGAGGGCUGUUUCACAACUACAACACUGGAAACCGAAUAUACUACAAAUAUGAGGUUUCCCUCUUUAAUAUGACUUGAAAUGCCAAAAUAGAUGUCAAAACAAAUGGCGUUACCUGUAAAUAUAUUCAGAUACCUUACAGUCAUUUAUGUUAAACACUUUCUUUAAAGAAAGUUCUAUAUGGUCAUUGUAACUCUACUUUCCAAAAGGUAAAAAAAAAAAAAAAAAAAGACUGCAAAGAUAAGGUACCUCUACAAACAUAAAUUAGUUUACUUUCAUUCUCCAAGUACAUCAAUUUAUCAUGUGAUGGAUUCAUUUGGCCACAUGUCAUGCAUAUAUAUCCAUCUUUGCAUGUGAUCUUAUUAGUUAUACUCCUGAAUGUAAUCAUUUAAUAAUCAGAAUUAUCUUCUUAAAACUAUUUUAAGAAGAUAUAUUUGAACAAGCUAACUGUCUUUAUGGUACUGAAAUAUGCAUAUAUUAUCAGGCUUGGCUUCUGUUUGCCCUAAGAUGUUGUUGAGAAGAUGCUGUGAUAUUUCCUCGCUUUUGGCGCUGUAUGAAUCUUAGUUAUUUUCUUAUUUAGUGCAAUAUUCCACAUUCUGUCUUUAAAAGCUCAACUCAAACAUAGAUUUCUGCUGAUUUACUGUAAAGGGAACCAUCCUGGUGAUCAUCAAUAAAAACCAUUUAUCAAAA